AGAUUUUGCUGUUCACACAAUGCAGAGAAAAUAUUUUCCACAGAUAUCUGGAAAAACCUGCCAAAUUAACAACUGCACAACCCAUAACUUCUAAAGGCUUUCCGCAUUGUUUUUUCGAUUUGAAUACAAAAAUUUUGGAAAUUACUAGGGCACUUAUACAAACUUUUAAUGGAGUACGAGGGUCUGAUCACCCGCUUGAUAUUUUAAGAGAACGUCUGUUUUCGAAUUUAACCAAUAUCAUUCCGCAAAUUGAAGAAAUAAACAUGAGAAAUGACACUGGUAAACAUGAAAGUAUGGCUAACAGAAUAUCCGAAAAUAUGCCUACUGCUGACACGUUAAAAUUGACUUUGUACUAUAUAAACCAGCAACAAAUUUAUAUAAACAUGUAUUACUGUGAGAUGGAGAAAUAUGUUAAAAAUUUUGAGGACUAUGAAUUUGCAACGUUGUUAAAUGUUGCCAAUCGAGUCUUGUCUGAUACGUCUAAUUCUGUCCCUUCCAUGAUAGAAGCUAUAUAUCAGCAAGUAGUAACACAAGAUAUUUUAAAAAAACUUUUAAAACGUCUUGAUAGGACAACAAUACGUGGUUAUUUUUGUGAAGAAAAACAAUCAGUUGGGCAGAUCUUACACAAUUUUAUGAAUGAAAUUCUUGUGAUGAAUGUGAAGAGUUACAUUCUGAUACAAACAGCUUACAUGUUGCAGAGAUUGUACAAGAACGGGAACUAUCAAAAAGAAAGCGAAGACGCCAAUCAAGAAUUUUGGGCACGCAGUAAGAAUAUAGUAUCAACCAUGAAGACUUAUAUGGUAAAUGCAUCUUUAGAACUGUGGAGAUGUGAUCCUAAAGAACACGAGAAAGAUGAAACUUAUUUUGAAAUCACAAACUUCCUCCACGGAAUUAUUUUAAACAAAGUGAAUUUAGAUCCAAACGGAGAAUGUAGUACGGAAUGCGACGUUUUUACCUAUACUACAAAGCAUCAGUGUCAUAAUAAUAAGUGGUGUAAGCAAGAAACAACGUGUUCAAAAAUCAUCAACUGCUACUAUAUCGAUUCCUCGAUGGAGGUUUGUCGUUCCGGAAGCAUGUUUAAAACCAACAGAAGAUACGAUUACAUCAAAUUUGGAAACGGAAGACAUUUUGGAAAAAGCAUGACUUGCAGCAAAUCGAGAACAACUCACUUGGAAACUUACCGAAGCAGGUUGAUCUUUAAAUGCUCCUACUGUUACUGUCUCUGUGAAGAAGGGCCAAAAUUCUUUUCCGAGAGAUACAUUAAUAUGCGUUUGGUUAAGUCAAAUAUUACUGACAACAAAGUUGUGACAGGUUUGCGCUUUGUUAAAAUCCACCGAGGCAUUCAUCUACAAAUACAAGAAGGAAGAAUUCUCCCACAUGGACAGAUUAACAUUGACAGCGUUCGGUGGAUACCAGUUGAAGAUUAUAAUGUCAUGAAUAAAACCUAUGAGGAUGAUAAGGAUUAUUAUACUCUUAAAUGGGAACAAAGAGAAUUCGAUUUGGUUGACAUAUUUGCUAAAGAGGGAAGCGUUGUCACUGGAGUUGCGUUUGAAAACUUUUAUGGUCGACUGCACUUGAAGGUAUUAACAAAUCCAUACAAUUUCAAAACCGGGAGCCUGGGGCUAAAUACCACUUUACAACGUGAUCCUGUUCUUCGUUAUAAGCACAAAUUUCCCAAAGAAUUGAAGCUUGACAGGGUCGAUGUUCCGAUUCGUUCAGAAGCUCACUCGAAUAAAUUUACCACGAACAAAUAUGUGAAAUUUACAAACACAGGAUACGAGCAAGAUGCUGGUCAAACGACGGUACCAUUUUUUGAUGCUCAACCCGUAGAAUCAGCUAUACCGGUUCCGUUAAUUGGAGUUGGGGUUUUUCACAAGGGAAGAUCCGGUUUUGGAGGAUUUAUUGCACCCAGAAUUUUCACUUAUAAUUUUACGAAACAUCUGGAAGAGGUGAUCAACCAGAUGAGUAGUAAAAACGAUAAAUUGUGAAAAAUUCACACCAUUUGGAAGGCAAAGUAGAUUAACGUGUAGCAAAUGUUUUUAAUAAAAUAAAAAAAUUGGGUCCCAA